AAAGUUGAGUCACCAGUUGCUUUUAUUCUGCUCACUGCUCAGUGCUGCUACACUGGGGAAACUGCAGAGCUUGUGCAGCCGACUCCAAUCUGCUCAAGGACGAGGUAGUAGCAGAGAGACGAUGUCCCAGAGUCCUUAGGAGGUCCAUGAGUGUGCCCAGCCAGCAGGGUGGCAGAUUGCCUGGUGGCUUUGGGCUGCCAGAAUGCAGCCGGAGGAGGAGCAGAAACUGCAUCUAGAGCACACGCUGGCCUGGCUGAGGAGAGAACUGUCAGAGAUGCAGCUCCAGGAUCAGCAGCUGCUGGAGAAGCUGUUACAGCUGCACGCCAGCAUGCAGGAGCUGAAAGUGGAAUGCGCUUACUGGGAGAGUUCAGAUCCAAGCAGGGAGAUGAUCCGCGCCAGAGCUCGAUCCAGUUCAGAAGACAUGGGUGCUCCAGUUCCCACAGGAGACUCGGCUCCAUCCCUGAAAGGAGAGACAAGCAGGAGGAACUCCAUCCCAUAAGGCAGCUUAAGCUAUUUGGGAACAGAAUUGAUGGUCAUGUCAAUGUUAAAGCCAUCAGGAAAUAACAAAUCAUCUCUCUCUUUUUUUAAUGGUCAUCCUGAGGCAUAAAUUGUGACUGCUUCUGUUAGGGCUGAGCUGGUCACUGCCACGCAGAGAUUCUCUCCAUGAACUGAAUCAAGUGUCUGAAACACGCUUCAUCAAUCAGUGUUACUGCCACGUCAGUGUUGGUGUCUUCGGCCUAACUGAUCACGAUCGUCCCGGCCAACAGGCCUCCUUCAGUGGACACCAGGGAAUGUUUUCUACUCAAACGCCCCUUCUGGGAAACAUCUCAAUAUGCACAAUAAAAGACUGCCCCAAGUGUGCGUGUUUCAUGAACCUUCCUUUUCACUUCCCAAUACACUGCCCCUGGUUUGGGGCAACUCCUCAUGACAGCUUCCAAAUUGAAGGAAGCCUGUGAAGUGAUUUGGUCUGAUGCCUAAGGGCCAGAUUCUGACAUCCUUAUUGCCACUGAGAAUCACCGUACUCCCAUUAGUCAAUGGGAGUCGUCAUGGAAUAAGGUUCCACUAAACCAGAGUUAAGGGUGUGUCUACACCGGCUGGCAUGGGUGCUCUCUGGGGUGGGUAGACAGACCAGCAUGAUAGCUCUGUUUGAGCUAUCAUGCUAAAAAUAGCAGAGUGGCUGUGGUGUCAUAGCCAGCUGCUUGGGCUAGCCACAAGUGUACCCAGGGGGUCACACAGGCUUGUAGUCAGGCUGGUUAGUCCAAGCUGCUGCCUGUGUCUCCAUGGCUAUGCUGCUAUAUUUAGCUCACUAGCUCAAGCAGAGCUAGCACGUAUCUGUCCACCUGCACUGGGAAGCACUCUCUCAGCUGCAGCAUGGAUGCAGCGAAGAGCACAUCUGCUAGCGUGCUGAGAUCUCUGCCUGUUGUACUGGCCAAUACUGUCUCAUUGUUUCCUUGCACUUUUCUGCUGGUCUGUAUCCCUCUGUUGUCUCUUGUCUUAU